AACUCAGGGGCACUCAACCCAGCCCUAUUUAUUUAGAGACGGUUUCAUUAAGAUGCUGAGCACCUUGCUGCUGCUAACUCUGGCUUUGAGCUCUUGAUCCUCCUGCUUUCGGCCUCAUUUCUUGAUUCUGAUUGUUGAUUUGUAGAUUUCUUGGGGCCUUCUGUGGAAUCCCUCGUCUCUUCUGUAAACAGGGAGUUCUUUUACUGCAAUGUCUGCAAGGACUGUGUGGCAUAGAGGUGCUCAGCAUGGCUGUCUUGCCUUUUUCUCCACCAUGACUGAAUGUAGCUGGAAGCCCUGGGAGACCUUCUGUCAGUGGGGCAGUGCACCCUUCUCCUGGUUUGCUGUUGCAGUGGUUGUAGGGUCUGCCGCCAUGGUGAGGUGCCCCGUGGGUUCUGCCUGUGUGUUCUGGGGCAGCUCCUCCUGAGUCUUGGUGCUUGUCCCUUUCCAUGCUGCCAGGAUGGAAAGGGACAAGCACUGUUUUGCCAUGGGUCCUUCGUGCCUAUGCACAAGCAGUAUUACUCUCUUCUUUUUGUAAAGUCAGGUUUGAUACUGGAGCUUUACUGGCCUAUAAAAUUAGUUAUAUAGUCACCAUUAGCUCCUCUCCUUUCUGAAAAGGUGUGUUUAAGACUGGUUAUUCUUUGAAUGUUUGAUGGAAUUUAUCAGAAAACAGCCUGAAUCUGGGAUUUUGUUUGGGGAAUUUUUUUUUUUUUUUUUCUAACCAGUUCAACUUCUUGAGUAACCUCAGACUGCCUGGGAGUGGUGGAUGGCAGGGAAGCUGGAUGCAGUGCACUGGCAGCACUGGGAAAUAGCUCACGAAGAGCGUGCCCUGGACCAGUGCUGCUGCUGCUGUCCACACCACCCCAGAACACUCACCCCGUGUGUAGAUCUUCGUACCAAGCUCUUCUCUAGCUCUUUGGAAUGCCAGCUAUGUGCCCCACGAUUCAAGUCUAUUCUGACACUAUGCCAGGGAAAGGGGACCUCAUAGGCCAUAUACUCAGUUACAUAGAACCACCCCCGUCUUGAUACCAGUUGCAAGUAAUGGGUCUCCAGGUACCCACACUUCUGUUGGACUUUUCUACAACAAGGAGGGUCCCUCCAGCCUCUCCGCAGGUUCACAGGACUCGGGAAAACUUGUAGCAUUUACUUGUUUGUUGUAAAGUAUCCAUUAUUUGUAAGGAGACCACAGAGGAUGCAGUGAACAGCCACAGAAAGGCCCCCAGUAUGGGAGUUUCUGCUCCUGUGGAAUUGGGUGUGGGACCCUCCAGCAUAUGAAGAGUUUGGCCCGAAAACUCUCCAGACCCCAUGGCUUGGGGUGUUGGUGGAGGUUCCUCAUGAGGUGUGAUCACUUGUUGGCUCAGUCCCAGCCCUUCUCUUUGCUGGAGGACAGGGUGAGGUGAAAGUCUCAAGGUUUGCACCAGGCCUGCUCUUUCUGGUGACCAGCUCUUGUCCUGAAACUAUCCAGGGGUCACUGAGAACACCUUAUAAAGCAAGCAUCCCCCCCUGCACUCCACAAGUCCCGAGGGGUGCGGUGCUCUGGUCAGAUGCCACUCUUUACUCCUGUUUUUCCCAUCACUCAGGGAGAGAAUCGCUAGGGUCUGGAAUGUGGGGUCAGGCCCAGGGCAGAGACCAAGUAGCUGUUGCUCAUCACAUCACAGCGGGACAGCCAGUGCUGCUCUGUCCUGGUGGGUCAGACCAGCCUGUCCUCACCAUCCCUGUCCAUUUUCAGGGGCCAUGAUCCCUGUGAGGCUGUUCUCAGCAAGUGCUCAGACCCUGUUGGAGGGCCUGGCACAGUGGACCCUGUCUGCACAGGCCAGCCUCAGGUCCUGCCGGCUCCUUCCACAGCAGGCUUCACCCAGGAUGCUGUCAGUGGGCUGCGUGGACCACACCAAGCAUCAGGAGACCCCUGGAAAGAAGCCACUCUCUGAGAAAAAACUGAAGAGGUAUUUUGUGGACCAUCGGAGAGUGCUUGUUCGAGGAGGAAAUGGAGGCUCUGGCGUGAGCUGCUUCCACAGCGAGCCCCGCAAGGAGUUCGGGGGCCCUGAUGGUGGAGAUGGUGGCAACGGUGGCCAUGUCAUCCUGAGAGCUGACCAGCAAGUCAAGUCGCUGUCGUCGGUCCUAUCCCAGUAUCAGGGUUUCAGUGGAGAAGAUGGUGGCAGGAAGAACUGCUUUGGCCGGAGUGGCGCCAUGCUCUUCGUCCGGGUUCCCGUGGGCACCUUGGUGAAGGAAGGCAGUGAGGUCGUGGCCGACUUGUCCCAGCGGGGCCAGGAGUACAUCGCUGCACUGGGCGGGGCAGGCGGGAAAGGCAACCGCUUCUUCCUGGCCAAUGACAACCGAGCCCCUGUGACUUGCACCCCUGGAGAGCCGGGUCAGGAACGCGUUCUCCACCUGGAGCUCAAGACGGUGGCCCAUGCUGGGAUGGUCGGCUUUCCCAAUGCUGGGAAGUCCUCGCUCCUCCGGGCCAUUUCAAAUGCAAAACCUGCUGUGGCUUCCUACCCAUUCACCACCUUGAAGCCCCAUGUGGGGAUUGUUCACUAUGAAGGUCACCAACAGGUAGCAGUGGCAGACAUCCCGGGCAUCAUCCGAGGCGCCCACCAGGACAAGGGUCUGGGACUCAGCUUCCUCAGGCACAUUGAGCGCUGCCGCUUCCUCUUGUUCAUAGUGGACCUUUCCCUACCAGAGCCAUGGACUCAAGUGGAGGAUUUAAAGUACGAACUGGAAAAGUACGAAGAAGGCCUGUCUGAGAGGCCCCAUGUGGUUGUUGCAAACAAGAUUGAUCUCCCCCAGGCCAGAGCCCAUCUGCCCCAGCUCCAGGACCACCUGGGACAGGUCAUCGCCCUGUCGGCAGUGACUGGGGAGAACCUGGAACAGCUGCUGCUGCACUUGCAGGUGCUACACAGGGCCUACGUGGAGGCCGAGCUAAAGCGAGGCAGCCAGCCUCUCAGGUGGUAGCAGUGCACAGUGGCACCUGUGUUCCAGGACAGGGUACUGCACAGGCAGUGGACACAGGGGCCUCCAGGCCACCACACAAGCAAACCUGAUUAUAAAAUGUGGGUGGUUUUGAACACAUAAGAGAAAGUGCUUGUAAAUAUUGGA